CUCUCUGAAGCAAAGUUCAAUGCAUGCAGACUGUAUCAGACUUCAAGCAAGAGAGGAACCAACCGAUUUAUAAUUAAAUGAUUCGUAGAGAAUUGUGGAUUGUACUUUUAUAUAUAACAUUCGGCCAUGGCGAGAUAUCCGAUUGUGAUUACUUCGAUACGGUUGACCUAACGGCGAGUAAAAAGUUUCCAAAUGGUUCAUAUUUGUAUGAACAUGUGCUCAUCCCCGCAGAGCUAACCGGUGAAUAUGACUACGAGAUUCUUGCGGAUGGGGAGACAAGCUCAGUACCAAACCAUGUGAGAGGUUGUGCCUGCAGGCUGAGAAGCUGUGUGCGAUUCUGUUGCCAUAGAAACCUCAGGCUUGUGGAUGGCGAACGCAAAUGCAGUGGAGAUAUUAAGGCAGCGACUGACUUUGAUCCGUUUAUUAAUGUAACCCAAGCUGAUGGGCAAAUGGUGAGAAAGCAUGUACUGGAUGAGUUUGUUGUUCAAGAUAGUUUGCCUGUGCCUUGCUCAGACCAUUUUUAUCUUGAUGCUGCGAAUGUUGAAGAUCAUGGCUGGACUCUAUUUGAGAAUGGAACCCUGUUACGCCACUUUGAUAAUCAGAUGUUGUUUAAGCAUGAAUACUGUCUACAGCCUCAUGCAAUAGAAUCACCCGAUAAGGAGAUGCAAGUUAUGCUAGUGCCACACAAUUGCAUGGACGAACAGAAGGGACUUUGGUCAAAAAGCAUUUUAAUGAUAUUAACAAUUAUUGGAUUGAUUUUAACUAUCGUCGUAUAUCUCUCACUGUCAAAGCUACGUGAUUUACACGGUAAAUGCUUUAUAUGCUAUAUGUUGUGUCUUACAAUGGCAUAUAUAUUUUUAAUCGCCGACCUAUGGAAAACAAACUGGCCUCAUAAUAACUGUAUGAUAAUAGGUUAUGCCGGUUACUACUCGGUAACGUCAGGAUUCCUUUGGCUCACAGUUAUAUGCUUUGAUUUGUGGCUUACUUUCUACAGAAAGAACAACAACGCUCAGCGAACUACGCAGAUCUCGAGGUUCCGAAAAUACAGUCUCUAUGCUUGGGGCGUGGCUGCGCUAUUAACUGUUAUUGUUAUUACAAUGGAUAAAGUACUGGAUGCAGAAAAUGAAGAACAGUUAGUGCCUGGAGUUGCGAUAUACAGUUGUUGGGUUAAAACUCACGAUUGGUCUGCUAUGAUCUAUCUCUAUGGACCCAUGUCACUUCAGCUCAUAUUUAAUAUAACUAUGUUCAUUCUUACGGCACGUCUUAUUAUUAAAACUACAAAAAAGAAUCAUGAAGUUCAGGCUGGGCAGGACCAACAGCGGCAUCUCAAUUCUUAUAAGCAAAACUAUAGCCUGUUUGUGCGUCUUUUCGUUAUUAUGGGCAUAACUUGGACUCUGGAAAUAUUUGGUUAUUUAACCCAGGACAUUGGAGUACUUUCCACAGUGUUUUUGUGCUUUGACUAUAUCAAUUAUGCCCAAGGAAUUAUAAUAUUCAUUAUUUUUGUGCUCAAGCCCAGCGUUAUUAAGCUAAUUACGGAACGUAUUCGGGGUAUAGAAUCGACUGAUGAUGGCGAAAACUGCGAAGAAGAAAUUGCAUUGCAAGAAAGAAACACUGGUGCAAGGAAUAUCGGUCCAAGGAUAUUAAAUUAGGCAACUUCAACCUAAUUUCAAUAACCAAGCUACUAGAAAAGUUGUGCUUACAAAAGGGUUAGAUAAAUCCAUGAAAGCCGUCCAUGGGUAAGACAAUCUGACAGCGCAAACGUAUCGAAACUGAUGACAGCUAAAAAAAAUGGAGAAUAUAUUAUUUAUAACAAACUAAAAUGUAACUUGUAUUGUACUAUUUUAUAAUAUUUAAAUCACUAGACUAAAAUUAACGUAAUGAACAAUUUUUUAAUCAAUUAAACUUUAACGUUGUAUCAACUCAAUAUUUUAACCCCUACAGUUUUGCGAAAGGAGUUUAUAGUAAACCUAGUACCAAUAAACUUACCUUAGAAAUAAAAUGCUGUUCUGGCGACAGGCGCACGUUACAUCAUGAGUAGAGUUUUAACUUGAAUG